AUGCAAUUCACGGAAGAAAAGGCUGCGCAGGUGAAGGCCUGGGUGGUCAAGAGAUUGGAGGAUAUCUCUGAUGCUGAUUCCGACGUGUUGGCCGAUUACGUGCUUGCUCUAAUUCAAUCCGAUGCCCCAGAUGACGAGAUACGCCAAGCGUCUAUCGAGAAUUUAGAGGACUUUUUGAAAGAGAACACUGUUCGAUUUGUUGACGAGAUCUUCGCGAAAUAUGCACCAAAAACGCAACCCUCUGCUCCCUCCGUUCCCCAGCAAGCUCAAACUCAACCACCUCCGAUCGUUCACUCUGCGACUCCAUUUCAACAGCCUGGAACUUUGAAUCCACAAGCCCCAAGUUUCGUGCAACAGACCUCUCCUCAAAAUGCCUGGGGAAAUUCUCAAAACUCACGCAAGCGUACUUUCAACGAAGGGUUUCAGCAAGAUAAUCCUCAGGGCGAUGCGCAACGAGGCGGCAGGUCAUUUAAGACUCCUCGUACUCGCCGUGGCGGUGGUCGUGGCGAUCGGAUGAAUGGUAGAGGCAGGGACAUGGCUCCUAAUCAGUUUCCGCAAAAUAUGCCGGGAUUCCCAGCGAUGCCACAGGCUUUUCCUGGAUUUGAUCAGAAUGAUCCGAUGGCUGCAAUGAUGGCCCUUCAGAGUAUGGGAUUCCCUCCAAUGCCAGGUAUCCCUCCAAUGCCAGUGCCUGGCCAGCAAGGUGACGACCAAGCAAAGUCGAACGAGCCUUGCCCAUUUUAUGAAAGUAAUGGUAUUUGUUAUAUGGGAGCUGCGUGCCCGUAUAAGCACGGCCAAGGUCCCGUUGUUGUUCCUUCUGGAAGUGAUGAGUACGACCCCACGAAUUCCAGCAUUUACGAUGUACAGGGAGGUAAAGAGGCGAUGAGGGGAUCAGAUCGAGGACGUGGUCGCGGCCGCGGCCGUGGUGACCGUGGCGGACCUUCGUCAAGAGGCCGCGGCGGGCGCUCUGAGUUCUCGCAUGUCGGACCUAGUGACGACAAGACGAACACGACAAUUGUCGUUGAGAAUAUUCCAGAAGACAAAUAUCAAGACCAGGUGAUUCGCGAGUACUUUUCGGAAUUCGGCAAUAUUGCUGAAAUCAACAUGCAAGGGUUCAAGAAGAAUCUUGCCGUUAUCAAAUUCGAAAACCACGAUUCCGCCCACCGGGCAUGGUCUAGCCCUAAGGCUAUAUUUGACAAUCGCUUUGUCAAGGUAUACUGGCACAAGAUCCAACAUAAACCCGAUGCCAGUGGUCACCCUGCAGCAGCAGAGCAGGACACGCCUAUGUUUGACAAGGAGGAAUUCGAGAAACAACAAGCCGAGGCACAAAAGUUGCACGAGGAGAGGAUGCAGAAGCGCAAAGAAGCAGAAGAAGCACGCCUUGCACUGGACAAGCAGCGCGAGGAGCUCAUGAGGAAGCAGCAGGAAGAGAAAGCCAAGCUGCUAAAACGACUGGGCGAUAGCUCAGCGCAAGAAGCUGGCCUUGAUACGAAUGGUUCUGCAAUGGCUGGGGACGAUGGGACUAGCGAACAGACUAAGUCUUUACGUGCCCAGCUUGCAGCGUUAGAGGCUGAGGCCAAGAGUUUGGGGAUCGACCCAGAUAACAGCAGCCAGUCUUUCAGAGGGCGCGGUCGCGGACUUGGCGGAUACCGUGGACGAGGCCGCGGCUUUGAUCCCUCUUUCCGAGGCUCAUUCAGGGGCACUUAUCGUGGCCGUGGCGCGCCUCGCGGUAGCGGACGCGGCGGAGUUCUGCGUUUAGACAAUCGGCCAAAACGCGUUGCCAUCUCUGGCGUGGAUUUCAAUUCCGAAAAGGACGAGGCUUUGCGGCAAUAUCUCAUUGGUGUUGGUGAAUACGAAUCCAUUGAACCCAAUCCCGAUCGACCUGAUUCCUUGAUUGUCGCAUUCAAGGAGCGUUACCUCGCUGAGAAGCUCAUGUUCGGACCGGCUGAGAUUCCGUCUGUAGGAAAAGUUGAACUUUCAUGGGUGGCCAAUACUCCAAUCACUAGUGCUGUUAUGCCUACCGAGGGACAGAGCGAGGAUACCACAAUGGAGAACGCCGGCAGUGCCAAUGGUCAAGAGCAUGCUAUGGGCGAGGUAGAUUAUGAUGUCGCAGAUGACGAAGACAGUUGGGGAAUUGGACUAUAA